AUGGCAGAGAAGCGGCGGUCCCCGUGCGCACUGAGCGUCAAGGCGCACGCCUUCUCCGUGGAGGCGCUAAUCGGAGCGGAGAAGAGGCGCAGGACGGACGGAGAAGAUGCUGUGUCCCCCGGCUACGAGGACGGGACCGAUGUCUCUGAUCUGACCGGGAGCCCGGUGCCGAGGGUUGACCGAGCGUGCACCAAGGAGCAGGGCAGCGAGGCCGAGUGUGCGAGUGACGGAUCCCCGGAGAGCGAGGACGCGCUGCUGGAGAGCCCGCAGCCCGCCGCUGUGUGCACGGCGCCGGUCACAGCCACCGGAGACGAGGCCCGCGUGGACCUGCAGGGAUCCGACCUGUGGAAACGGUUCCACGAGAUUGGCACGGAGAUGAUCAUCACCAAGGCUGGACGGCGGAUGUUCCCCGCAAUGCGCGUGAAGAUCACGGGCUUGGACCCACACCAGCAGUAUUACAUAGCCAUGGAUAUAAUCCCCGUGGACAACAAACGAUACAGGUAUGUGUACCACAGCUCCAAGUGGAUGGUAGCGGGGAAUGCGGACUCCCCUGUGCCGCCCAGAGUGUACAUUCACCCGGACUCCCCGGCCUCAGGAGAGACGUGGAUGCGUCAGGUGGUCAGCUUCGACAAACUCAAACUGACCAACAAUGAGCUCGAUGACCAGGGACACAUCAUUCUACACUCCAUGCACAAGUACCAGCCGCGGGUCCACGUGAUCCGAAAAGAGUGUGGAGAGGAGCUCUCCCCAGUGAGAAGCGUUCCUGCUGGGGAAGGCACUCGCACCCUCUCCUUCCCCGAGACUGUGUUCACCACAGUCACAGCAUAUCAGAAUCAACAGAUAACAAGGCUGAAAAUUGACAGAAACCCAUUUGCCAAAGGCUUCAGAGACUCUGGCAGAAACCGGAUGGGUCUGGAGGCUUUGGUCGAGUCUUAUGCCUUCUGGCGUCCUUCUCUGCGAACGCUCACAUUUGAAGACAUCCCUGGCAUGGCCAAGCAAGGAAUCCCAGGAGCUCAUGGAGGGCUCGGAGCAACAUCUCACUUGCUCUCCGCGUCCCCAUGCUCCUCACCUUUCCAAGUUUGCCCUCUCAGCCCACCUGAAUACACCUGCAGUCGACCUACACACCCCCUCCAUCGGUUCAGCAGCGGCCCCGAGCCAUACCCCCAUCCCAGAGGUCCAUCGGCGUAUGACAGUGAAGGAUUCUGUACCCUGCCUCUUCCUGCUUCUCAACUUGGCUAUCUAUCCAACCACAACCCGCAGGGUUACGCUGGUCUUCGCCUCCAUUCACCGCCCUACAGCCUGUAUGGUUACACAUUCCCUCCGUCACCGCGCCUCGCUGCCAGCCCUGAUAAAAUGGCUGCUGCAACUGCCAAUCAUCAGAGUCCCUUCCUUGGCUCGUCUCCUAGUGGGACUCUAACGGACAGUCUGGGUAUGCUCAGUGGAGGACAGCAGGGUUUUUUGUUUGACUCUCGGACUUUAGGACUAGCAGGUACUCAACCAGGAGGUGGGGCCUCACAGGUCACUGCCCACAUGGGUUGAAUUUGAUACUGGAUGUCUAGGUUGUCGCGAAAAACUAAAUGACACCCUGGAAUGGGUGUAAGUUGCUUUUGGUUGAGACAGUUCUACAAAUGAAUCAUCCAUGUGCUGAACAGGCAUUGAGCUGGGGUGGACUAAGAGAAGAUUGACAUAUCAAGCUAUCGUUUCUGUGAUCAUGCAAGCUUGUCAAAGCUUCUUUAACUGCAUGUGCAGCUGCAGUGUUCACUAAACGAAGAAAUAUCCUGCAGCUUUGAUUAAGGAGUCCAAGCAAUGCAACUCAGAGACUGAACUGGGACUGAAUAUGGAUAGGGCCGACAGAGAGCUGGCCCAGACACUCAAAGCAAGCACUUCAACCCCUGGCAGGAGGCCCUGAAGCAGUAUUAUACUCACACAGCAUUCUGCACGGCCUCUAUGAUCUCCCCUUCUUUGAAAGGAGUAACUGAACACUAUUUUUUUACUUUCUUUUUAAAGGGAUAUUUCGACUGAUUUCCUUUAGCCAAUUAAAUUAUCUGUCUCAGUAAAUGCCUGCCAGUGUUCUUGAUCAAUUCUUUGAAUUAAUCAAAUGUCCACUUAGUAAUAUGCACUACAGCCAGGGUCUUUUCACCACUCAGACUGAGGCAAACACAAAACUUUUACAAACAUCACCAGUAGCCUGUCACAUACUAACACGAUGACAUCACUGCCAUAAGAAAUCAAGGGAGAUAUGUCAGUGACAGUUAUGGUCUGACAAGGUUAAAGCUGUGGGAGAGCGACCGAUGACGGACCGAUCUAUAAAUUCUAUGUCUGGUUGGACAGAUGAUGCAGCUGUUUGGAAGUCAGGCUGAAGAACGUCUUUCCGUAUGUGACACAGAUGUAACUGCACAUGAUGGCUCUGUAUAUAGCGGGUUGGAGAGGAGAGAUGUGUAUAUAAAAGGCUGUGUGACCCUUCGCACUUAAAAACCCCAACGCACCUGCUUCUGCUCUUUAGACUGGGUCAGGUACAUCCAGCCCUGAACCUGACUGAAAAGCUUUUUUGUUUCUUUGCAAAUAUGGGAGAUAUCGGCACGCUGUUUGGCCGAGGACAUUAACGUGAUCUUUGACCUUCUUGAGCCAAAUAAAAUAUAUCUAUUCAUAAGACAAUGUUUAUAUGUAGCCUGAUCAAUAUUUUCUAACUUAACUGAUUUCAGAUGCUGUAGUGAUGAUUAUAAGUGUAUGUGAAUUUUUGGCACAUAUUGUUUCACUAAAGUUAUCACAAUAUUUACAUAUGAAACAACAUAUGCUCAUGUAUUUGCUGGGUUGCGUUUUGUUAGUGUGUGUUUGUCUGCGUGUGUGUGACGCUAUAGAUGCCAGACAAA